UCUGCCUCCCAUGGAAGCGGACGGGGCAUUGAAAGCGAGAAUGGCGGAGAACUCAAUAGAGGCAGCAACGAUGGUAACGGAAGCGACCACCCCAGCAACUCUGAUUCAACCAGUGAUGAUUCCUCCAGCGACGGAGGGAAGUCGACGGAGGGAAAAUGCGCGGCAUCAUCUAGUAACGGCAGCAGUAGUUCCGCCGGCAUGGCUGAAACAACCCCUGGUCCCGCCACUGGUGAAAACAUAUCGCAGUCUUCUUCCGCUUUAUCCCAGUCAUCCUCCGUACCAUUCCAGUCUUUCUCAUCGCAAUCAUCCGUUACAUCCGAUGUUGUAACGUCUUGUACUUCCGGGGGCCUGGCCUCGGUUGCGACGACAUCUACUGGGCCUACACUUACUCCUUCAAGUUCAUUUUCAUCAACUUCACUAUCAUCCUCUCAAACCAUCCGAGUGGUCAUAUCAUCGUCUUCGACAUCUGCAGUUCCCUCCACGACCUCCGCCUCAUCAGCGUCAAUCAUCCCACUGUCAGCAGUGACGUCGCCGCCCCUCGUUAUUACGAGUUUAGCAGCAACAUCCACCGCAUUCCCCACAUCGCCUAGUAAUCCCAGCUCUAAUCCCAGCUCCCCCCCUUCUGACCUGUCACGUACGACGUUCGUACCUAUAAUUGGUGCAAUUGCUGGUGCUGUGGUCGCCGUUUCUGCGGUCCUUCUUGUCAUACUCUUUUGCCUUCGUCGACGGCGAAAGAGACACUGUGCUAAGAUGGACUCUGGCUUCGCGCCGUACAACUCGUUCAAAGACGAAAAAAUACCAAAUGAAGAUCGCCUGCCGCAGAGUCCUCCGCCACUUGUGCGCGUCUUCCAUCGAGUGUCAUCCCUUCUGAUGCCCCCUCAUCCCACUGUGCGCCUUGCUGAGAGCCGUGCUCAAACUCCCAUUCACAAUCCUUUUGCCGAGACUAAUUCUUUUGCGAGUUCUCGAGUCUCCUGGUUGAGCUAUGUCUCUAGCCAUCCUUCACUGCAAAGGGGUGUCGGAACUAUAGAAGAAACCAUGAGAUCAAACCCAUUUGAUGAUCCAGUGGAUUUUUCUGCUAAUACACAAACAUCGUCACCUUUAGAACGAGUAUCUUCACUGCAACCAGGUACAACUAUCUUAGAAAGGCACCAUUCAACUCCACUCGUCUUGCCUCCACCUGAAAGCCGCUUCUCCAUGACCGCCUCUGCUGAACUAUCACCACACGAAGAUCCAGAUCGAUUCUCCAGCUGGACCGAUAGAAAGACGAUGUCUCGUCAUUCAGCGAUGAAAGACAGCCCUCUUCAAAAACUCAGUAUGGAGCUGCACCCCGUCGAUGUCGGGAGCUCAAACGGCGCAGGUACUCAUUUGACAGGGUCGCCGAGGUAAACGGUGUCAGAGAAUGGCACAGUUGAAUUCUGCGGGCCUAAGGCGCCGAGCUAUUUUGAUACUUCAUUGCUAGCUGGUAGGGCGUUCUACAACACCUUGUAUGUCGCUAGCAGCAUACCAGGACCUUAUGUAUUUAACUUUUAUUUUCUAUUAUUUAUUCGUUGUAUUAUAUAGCUGAUACUAUUUCCGUAAUACUUUUGUAUCGUCUAUCAUAUACAGGUUCGUACUAGAGUAUCCAUGAAGGCGUCCCAAGUGAAGCCCUCCAAUGAUCCUCUCUACCGCAACUUUUCAACGUUCAAUUUGAACAUCAUGGCACAUUGACGAAACAAUUCGAUAUCUCUAAAUAGUCGAAGGUGAUGUCCGUCCGUGGUAGAUAGACGUCGACGGUGGAUAUUGGGUCAUAAAUUUUGGGAAAUAAAGAGAUGGUGCGAUAAGGCAGAGACCUGAACGACAAUUAUUCAGAAUGGUU